AUGUGUACGAGCACGUGACGUAAUCAUCCUCAAUAAAAAAGUGAAAGUAAAAGUUCAGAAUUUGUUUCGCCAUUUAACCCGUCAGAAUCGAUUCUUUUCAUUACGGAGUAUCAAAGUGUGUUAUUAGGAACCAUUUCAUCCAACAUAAACCAUGAAUUUACGUUUAGCUACUUGACAGAAAAGGUGGAGAAUUCAUUUGAAUCUGUAUGUUGAUCAAGACUCAGUCGUGGAGAUCAGAUUCUGUUUCAGCUGUUUAGAGUUAUCAUGGACGACAAAGAAACAUCCAGAUAUAACGAUUUUUCUCCAGGUUGCAGUUCAGUUCAGCAGAAGAGAUCAGAACCAGAGCCCAGCUGUGUGUCUGUGAGGAGUGAUGAGUCUAUGGAUCAUCCACAAAAUUUUAGUUUGUUUCAUCAACAGAGAUCAGAACCAGAGCCCAGAUGUGUGUCCAUGAUGAGUGCUGAGUCUAUGGAUCAUCUACUAAAUUUUAGUUCAGUUCAGCAGAAGAGAUCAGAACCAGAGCCCAGCUGUGUGUCUGUGAGGAGUGAUGAGUCUAUGGAUCAUCCACAAAAUUUUAGUUUGUUUCAUCAACAGAGAUCAGAACCAGAGCCCAGAUGUGUGUCCAUGAUGAGUGCUGAGUCUAUGGAUCAUCUACUAAAUUUUAGUUCAGUUCAGCAGAAGAGAUCAGAACCAGAGCCCAGCUGUGUGUCUGUGAGGAGUGAUGAGUCUAUGGAUCAUCCACAAAAUUUUAGUUUGUUUCAUCAACAGAAAUCAGAACCAGAGCCCAGAUGUGUGUCCAUGAUGAGUGCUGAGUCUAUGGAUCAUCUACUAAAUUUUAGACAAGAAAUUUUAAACAUGUUUAGGUCAAAUCUAAUGAAGAAGUUUGAGUGUCUGUAUGAGGGAACAGCCAAGCAGGGAAACCCAACACUCCUGAAUGAGAUCUACACAGAGCUCUACAUCACAGAGAGUGAGAGUGGAGAGAUCAGUAAUGAGCAUGAGGUGAGACAGAUUGAAACACAAUCCAGGAGAGCAGCAACAGAGGACACACCGAUCAAAUGCAGUGACAUCUUUAGACCUUUAUCUGAACAAGACAAACCCAUCAGAACUGUGCUGACAAAGGGAGUCGCUGGCAUUGGAAAAACAGUCUCUGUGCAGAAGUUCAUCCUGGACUGGACUGAAGGGAAAGAGAAUCAGGACAUCCAGCUCAUAUUUCCACUUCCUUUCAGAGAGCUCAAUCUGAUGAAGGACAAAACACUCAGUCUUUCAGAUCUUCUUCAUGUCUUUUUCCCUGAAACAAAAGAAAUGAAAAUAUCCAGUGAUGAAUAUAAAGUGUUGUUCAUCUUUGAUGGUCUGGAUGAGUGUCGUCUCUCUCUGGAUUUUCAGAGCGAUGUGAGGUUGUGUGAUGUAAGUGAAUCAGCAUCAGUGGACGUGCUGCUGAUGAACCUCAUUGUGGGGAAUCUGCUUCCCUUUGCUCUCAUCUGGAUCACCUCCAGACCAGCAGCAGCUGAUCUCAUCCCCUCUGAGUGUGUCCAUCGAGUGACAGCGGUACGAGGAUUCAAUAAUCCACAGAAGGAGGAAUACUUCAGGAAGAGAAUCAGUGAUCAGAGUCUGACUGAUAGAAUCAUCUCACACCUGAAGUCAUCAAGGAGCCUCUACAUCAUGUGCCACACCCCAGUGUUCUGCUGGAUCUCAGCCACUGUUCUAGAGAAGAUGUUGAGUCAAGCAGAGAGUGGAGAGAUUCCCAAGACUCUCACCCAAAUGUACACACACUUCCUGAUCCUUCAGACCAAGAUCAAACAUGAGAAGGACUAUGAGAAGAACGUGACAGAUGAAGACAUGAUCCUUAAACUGGGGAAACUGGCUUUUCAGCAGCUUGUGAAAGGCAAUGUGAUCUUCUAUGAGGAAGACCUGAGAGAGUGUGGCAUUGAUGUGACAGAAGCAUCAGUGUACUCAGGAUUAUGCACUCAAAUCUUCAGGGAGGAGUUUGGCUUGUAUCAGGGGAAAGUCUUCAGCUUUGUUCAUCUGAGCAUUCAGGAACAUCUAGCAGCUCUAUAUGUGCAUCUCUCCUUCACCAACUACAGCUUGAGGGUUUUCAAACAGAGUUUGUGUUCUCUGACCUUUCAAUGUUUUUCAGAACAUGUUUCAUUGUCUGAGCUGCAUCAGAGAGCUGUGAAUGAGGCUUUACAGAGUAAAAAUGGACAUCUGGACCUUUUCCUGCGGUUUCUUCUGGGUCUGUCAGUGAAGUCUCAUCAGAUUCCUUUUCAAGGACUAAUGAUACAGACAAGAAGAAAUAACAAAGAAAAAACAGUCAAGUACAUCAAGAUGAAGAUCAGGACCAUUGAUUCUACAGAGAAAUCCAUCAAUCUGUUCCACUGUCUGAAUGAACUGGGUGAUCAUUUACUAGUGGAGGAAAUACAACAGUAUCUGACAACUAGAAGAAUAAAGGAAACCAAACUCUCUUCAUCUCAGUGGUCAGCUGUAGUUUUUUUGUUGCUGACAUCAGAGACAAAACAGGAUGUUUUUAUUAUUAAUGAAUUUGUUGGAGGAAACAAUGAAUCUGAACAUAUAAAAGCUUUUCAGAAGCUGCUGCCUGUGAUUAAAGAAUCCAGAUCUGUUCAGAUGUAUGAUUGUGGUUUCACAAAUAAAGGUUGUGCUGCUCUGGCUUCAGCACUGAGAUCAAACCUUUUGCAUCUGAGAGAACUGAAUCUGUCUGAGAAUAAACUGGGAGAUUCUGUAAAUCUGCUUUCUGCUGUCCUUGAGGAUCCUCACUGUAAACUGGAGAAACUGUGGUUUAGGGACAGUGGUAUCACAGAUGAAGGUUGUGCUGCUCUGGCUUCAGCUCUGAGAUCAAACCCCUCACACCUCAAACAACUGGAUCUGUGUGGGAACAAACUAGGAUAUUCAGUAUAUCUGCUUUCUGAUGUAUUAAAGAAUCCUCAAUGUAAACUGGAGAAGCUGUGGUUGUGUAAUUGUGGCAUCACAAGUAAAGGUUGCGCUGCUCUGAGUUCAGCUCUGAGAUCAAACCCCUCACAUCUGAGACAACUGAGUCUGUCUGGGAAUAAAAUAGGAGACUCAGUGAAUCUGCUCUCUACUGUACUGGGGAAUCCUUGCUGUAAAUUGGAGACAUUGGGGUUGAUGAAUUGUGGUGUCACAGAUGAAGGUUGUGCUGCUCUGGCUUCAGCUCUGAGUUCAAACCUUUCACACCUGAGACAACUAAAUCUGUCUGAGAAUAAAUUAGGAAAUUCAGUGAAUCUGCUCUCUGAUGUACUGACAAAUCCUGACUGUAAACUAGAGAAACUGUGGUUGAAGAAGUGUGGUCUCACAGAUGAAGGUUGUGCUGCUCUGGCUUCAGCUCUGAGAUCAAACCCCUCACACCUGAGAUAUCUGAAUCUCUCUGGCAAUAAACUAGGAGCUUCUGGUGUGAAUCUGCUCUCUGCUGUACUGAAGAAUUGUAAACUGGAGAAACUAGAGUUGAUUGACUGUGGAAUCACAGAUGAAGGUUGUGCUGCUCUGACUUCAGCUCUGAGAUCAAACCCCUCACACCUGAGAGAACUGGAUCUGACUGGGAAUAAGCUAUCAGAAUCAGAAGUUCUGUUGAUCUAUAAUAUGAGGGCUGAUCGAAUGUAUAGAUUGGAGAAAUUAUAUUAUUGACUCUCAGAAUUUAGACUUCAAUCCACUUUCCUCAGGAUCUGCUGAUGGUGAAUAAGGAGCCACUGCAGAGACACACAGUCACACAUUCAACAGAGACUCAAGACACAGGGCAAAUUCCAAAAAGCAUUUCUGCACGCUUGAAGGGCACUUUGUGAAGGAGACGUCAUUUGUAGGGAUGUUCCAACAAAACUGAACACCUGAAUUCUUUGACAAAUGGCCCUUCCACAAGUUUGUUAGCGAAAGGGUGCAUGUAGUGAUCACUUCAUGGAAGUAAAUUUCUCAUUUAUGGUCAUUCAUUUUAAAGCUAGAUAUUGCUGGAGAGUUAGUUACAGCAGAAAAAUUCAAGUUGUUUUGUUUUGUUUUGUUGUGAUGUACAGUAUGCAUUUCAAGUUUGAAUCAUUUUCAUAGGUAAGAAAGGUUAACACUAGUUACGUUACCUGUGUUUGGUAAAUGUGACUGUACUUGCAGGGUUCAAAGAAGAGAUGACAAGUUUUUUAAAAACUUGAUUAUAAAAUGUAUAUUUAUUUGUAAUGCAUUAACAGCAGUAAUAAGAAAUUCCCAUUGUGGCUGCUUGUAGAUGGUGUAAUACUCAAUAUACACUGCAAACAAGUAAUGCAAUUUGACUAAACUAAAACACUACACUUUUAAUCAACAACCCAUAGUGUGAAUAAGAGAUUUAUGGUGUAAUACAAAUGCAGCCUUGUUUAUUAUAACUGU